AUGAUUGUUCCUAUCCUGUUCCAAAAAGGAGUACCACCAGCUGUUCCGAAUCUGGCAAUGCUUGACGUGGCUUUGCAGGAACGGAAUUUCUCACAGGACGGAGUCCCUGUUCAUUGUGUGAUCAUGUACCCCUUGUUGACAAUUCCAACAUCCAUCUAUCCAUCCAUGGUCUAUAAAUCCGAUGGGCAGCCGGAGAACAAAGCCUGGGCUCCUGAUUCUCAACCCACCCCUGAAACGCUACUUGAUUCCCUAAUGGGGUCUGAGCAAAUUCAAGUGGGGGGCGGGGCUAUUAAGCCACUUUCUGGGCCGACAUGGACCGCGACGUCGGGCAAGUUACGAGAUCGGAAUGCCAAGGGUUCGACGGCAAGAUCACCUCCGGCCGUAUCUCCGGUUCUACCAGAACCAUCUGAUUCCCCAGGACUUCCAGAUUCAAAAGAACCCCCGGCCGCAGCCGAACCUCAGGCUCCGGCUGAAUGUCCGGCGCCAGUUGAACGGUUGGCCCAGGUUAAACCCCCGGAUCCGGUUGCACCUCCAGUAUCUGAUCUGUGGGGUCCUCCCCCCUUUCCUCCAUUCUGCCCUUCUGAACCCCCAACUCCGGUACCAUCACCGGGCGGUAUCGGCGAUCCUGCGGUAUCUAUGGGAAGGACGGAAACCGGUCCCUUCGGUCGAUAA